AGCUUCUUCAAUGGCAGAAUUAGCAUAUUCUAUUUUAUCCCAAAACACUCAGAUUUCUUCUUCACUUAGCUUUACUCUUUCUCGAUUCUGCUGAUAUUCUGAAACCAAAAAUUCUCUCUCUCUCUCUCUCUCUUCUCUCUGUGAUUCGGUUUUGUUGGAAUUGGUCCACUGUACACCAGUUUUCAUCGGCAUUCUCAGGGCGCUCUUCUGUUAACUGAUUUCGUUUCAUUGCAGAAAUUAUGGAGCUUCGGCAACAAUUCAUGGAGACGUUUGAUUGACAACUCCCUUCUUUGCUUCCUCGAUAUAAGGGUUUUCGGCGUCUGAAUUUCUGAAUCCGAGAAUCGGAAAAUGGAGUUUCAAGAGGGUUUAAUGAAGUUUAUGAUCCACAGACCCAUUAAACACAAAUGGGUUUUGGAGAGAGAUUCUCCGUCCGUUGCAGUUUCAGAGAUAACCAGUAGCCCCAGACGAAAAUGGCGGAUCUUCAGUAGGUCUUCUUCUUCCCCAUUCCCGUCCAAACCCCGACUCAAGGAGAUUCCCAAGGAAUUGCUCUGCCCUAUUUCUGGGUCUUUAAUGGCGGACCCUGUAAUCGUCUCCUCCGGCCAUACUUUCGAAGCCGCCUGUGUUCAUGUUUGUAAGGAAUUAGGGUUCAAGCCGACCCUAUUAGAUGGUUCGAAGCCGGAUUUCUCCUCUGUAAUCCCGAAUCUCGCUCUCAAAUCCACCAUUUUCAAUUGGUGCAAGAACUCCUCCUCUGAAUCCCCGAAACCCCUCGAUUUCUCCUCCGCCGAGAAGCUCGUUCGUAAAUUCAUGGCGGAUCAUAGCAAAACCGAUGCAGAAUUGAUUCAAGGGGUUGCUGAGAAUCCUGUGGUUCGAUUCAACCACGCCGCCACUGAGGUCGCUCAUCGGGCCUCUCUGUUUUACUCGAGCUCCGAAGAAUCUGUAAGCCCCACCGUUUCGCCUCUGCCCCUUCCUCUCGCGACUCGCCCGAGUUGCUGUUCUUCGUCUUCUUCCUCUGAAAUUGAGAUCACUAAUCUGAACUCCCCCGAAGAAGAAGAGAUCAUCGCGAAGCUUUCAAGCCCUCAGGUUAUUGAGAUUGAAGAGGCGGUGAUU